GGGUGGAGUCCUGUGCCACGAGGCUAGCUUCCGCUCUCCGCAGCAAAGCUGCAGCUCUGGGCUACAUAUCUGCCGCGGUUUGGGCAUUUCUGUCAACGUGGGAAGAAGUUGUGCAGAGCAAGUGGACUUUAAACCCGAAGUGCGGGAGCAGUACGGGAGGGAUGGGCCCCGCACAUAAGGGAGCGCAGCAUCGCGGAACUGCCGGGGAGCCGGAGGUGAUGGCAUCAGCUCUGGAAGGCAUAGGCAAGGAGGGGAAGAAGGAAUCCUCAAAGAAGCGUUCUGGUUCUCCAGUGGAGGACCUCCUGCAGCCCGUGAAGCUCAGCCGGGCAGAACUGUACAAGGAGCCUACCAAUGAGGAGCUGAAUCGCCUUCGGGAGACUGAGAGUCUGUUCCAUUCCAGCUUGCUUCGUUUACAGGUAGAGGAGCUACUGAAGGAAGUGAGGCUGUCAGAGAAGAAGAAAGAGCGGAUUGAUGCUUUCCUACAGAAGGUCAACCAGCGGAUCAUGAGGGUGCCCUCAACCCCUGAGACAGAGCUGACCAACCAGGCAUGGCUCCAGGAUGGGGUUCGAGUCCCCCUCCACCAAGUGCCCUAUACUGUGAAGGGCUGUUUCCGCUUCCUGCCCCCAGCCCAGGUCACUGUUGUGGGCAGUUACCUUCUGGGCACCUGCAUCCGGCCGGACAUCAAUGUGGAUGUGGCAUUGACCAUGCCCAGGGAGAUCCUACAGGACAAGGAUGGGCUGAACCAGCGCUACUUCCGCAAGCGUGCCCUCUACCUGGCCCACUUGGCUCACCACCUGUCCCAAGACCCACUCUUUGGCAGUGUUCGCUUUUCCUACACCAAUGGCUGCCACCUGAAACCCUCGCUGCUGCUGCGGCCGCAUGGGAAGGAUGAGCGUCUGGUCACUGUCCGUCUGCAUCCAUGCCCUCCACCUGACUUCUUCCGCCCGUGCCGCCUGCUGCCGUCCAAGAACAAUGUGCGGACUGCCUGGUACCAAGGGCAGAGUCCUUCAGGGGAUGGUAGCCCAGAGCCCCCCACCCCCCACUAUAACACAUGGGUCCUGCAGGACACAGCCCUUGAGUCCCAUGCGCAGCUGCUAUCUACCGUGCUGGGUUCAGCCUCGGGGCUGAAGGAUGGUGUGGCACUUCUGAAGGUCUGGCUGCGGCAGCGGGAACUGGACAAGGGCCUGGGAGGAUUCAGUGGGUUCCUUGUCUCCAUGCUGGUUGCCUUCCUGGUGUCUACACACAAGAUCCAUACCACCAUGAGCGGCUACCAGGUCCUGAGAAGCACCUUGCAGUUUCUGGCCAGUACAGAUCUGACGGUCAACGGGAUCAGUUUGUGCUUCAGCUCAGAUCCCUCCCUGCCGGCCCUGGCUGACUUCCACCAGGCCUUCCCUGUUGUCUUCCUGGACUCCUCAGGCCGUCUCAACCUCUGUGCUGAUGUCACUGCCUCCACUUGGCACCAGGUGCAGCACGAGGCACGGCUGUCUAUGGUGUUGCUGGACAGCAAAGCUGACGAUGGGUUCCAGCUGCUGUUGAUGACUCCCAAACCUAUGGUCCGGGCUUUUGACCACAUACUGCAUCUCCGUCCACUGAGUCGCCUGCAGGCAGCGUGUCACCGACUAAAGCUGUGGCCAGAGCUGCAGGAUCAUGGUGGGGACUAUGUCUCAGCUGCUUUGGGCCCACUAACCACCCUUCUGGAGCAGGGCCUGGGGUCCCGGCUGCACCUGCUGGCCCACUCUCGGCCCCCAGUCUCAGAGUGGGACAUCAGCCAGGAUCCACCGAAACACAGAGACUCCGGGGUCCUGACCCUGGGAUUGCUUCUCCGGCCUGAGGGGCUGACCAGUGUUCUUGAGCUGGGUCCAGAGGCUGACCAGCCUGAGGCUGCUGACUUCCGCCAGUUCUGGGGAUCUCGCUCCGAGCUUCGGCGUUUCCAGGAUGGAGCCAUUCGGGAAGCUGUGGUCUGGGAGGCAGCCUCUAUGGCCCAGAAGCGCCUUAUUCCCCAGCAGGUGGUCACUCAUCUCUUAACGCUCCAUGCUGACAUCCCAGAUACCUGUGUCCACUAUACGGGGGGCCUCCUGGAUGCACUGAUUCAAAGCCUGAAAGAGACCUCCAGCACAGGUGAGGAGGCCCUGGCAGCUGCGGUGCGUUGCUACGAUGACCUCAGUCGCUUGCUGUGGGGACUGGAAGGUCUGCCGCUGACCGUGUCUGCUGUGCAGGGAGCUCACCCAGUGCUGCGCUACACUGAGGUGUUCCCACCAACCGCAGUCCGGCCAGCCUACUCCUUCUAUGAACAGCUGCAAGAGCGGGCCUCACUGUUGCCCCGGCCUGACAAGCCCUGUCCAGCUUACGUGGAGCCCAUGACUGUGGUAUGUCACCUGGAGGGCAGUGGGCAGUGGCCGCAGGAUGCUGAGGCCAUACGGAGGGUCCGGGCUGCCUUCCAGCUGCGCCUGGCAGAGCUGCUGACGCAGCAGCAUGGGCUGCAGUGCCGCGCCACAGCCACGCACACCGAUGUCCUCAAGGAUGGGUUUGUGUUCCGGAUUCGUGUGGCCUAUCAGCGGGAGCCCCAGAUCCUGAGGGAGAUGCGGAGCCCCGAGGGGAUCAUCUCCUUGAGGGACACUCCCGCCUCCCUCCGCCUUGAGAGGGACACUAGGCAGUUGCCCCUGCUCACCAGCACCUUGCAUGGACUCCAGCAGCAGCACCCAGCCUUCUCGGGUGUGGCUCGGCUGGCCAAGCGGUGGGUGCGCGCCCAGCUCCUAGGUGAGGAGCUCACGGAUGAGAGCCUGGACCUGGUGGCUGCUGCCCUUUUCCUGCACCCUGAGCCCUUCACCCCUCCCAGCUCCCCCCAGGUGGGCUUCCUUCGGUUCCUUUUCCUGAUAUCAACCUUUGAUUGGAAGAACAACCCCCUAAUUGUCAACCUCAAUAAUGAGCUCACUGCGGAGGAGCAGGUGGAGAUCCGCAGUGUCUUCCUGGCAACCCGGACAAAACUUCCCGUCAUGGUCAUCAUUACCCCCCAGGAUCGCAAAAGCUCUGUAUGGACACAGGAUGGACCCUCGCCCCAGAUCCUACACCAGCUCAUGGUCCUGGCAGCCGAGGCCUUGCCUGUCCUAGAGAAGCAGCUAAUGGAUCCCCAGGGUCCUGGGGACAUCAGGACAGUGUUCCGGCCACCGUUGGACAUGUACGACGUGCUGAUCCACCUGUCUCCCCGCCACAUCCCCCGGCACCGCCAGGCUGUGGACUCGCCAGCUGCCUCCUUCUGCCGGGGCCUGCUUAGUGAGCCGGGGCCCUCCUCCCUGAUGCCCGUGCUGGGCUACGAUCCUCCUCAGCUCUACCUGGCGCAGCUCAGGGAGGCCUUUGGGGACCUGGCCCUUUUCUUCUAUGACCAGCAUGGCGGAAAGGUGAUCGGUGUCCUCUGGAAGCCCACCAGCUUCCAGCCCCAGCCGUUAAAGGCCUCCAACACAAAGGGGCGCAUGGUGGUGUCUCAAGGUGGGGAGCUGGUGAUGGUGCCCAAUGUAGAAGCCAUCCUGGAGGACUUUGCCAUCCUGGGCGAAGGCCUAGUCCAGGCUGUGGAGGCCCGAAGUGAGAGGUGGACCGUGUGACCUCCAGCCCAAGAGCAAGCUGUAGAUGGACAACAGGACUGCAGACCUCUGGAGCAAGAUGUCAAUGCCGUGACCACCCUUGCUGCGUAUGGACCGUCCAAGGAGGGCUUGCUGGCCCGAGCAUGCUGAAUCAUCCCCAACAAAGCCCUGUCCCAGUUUCCUGUCUGAUGCCCCAGCAUUGGGGCAGGGGCCAUGGUGUCCUGUGGAGCCCCCUGAAUGAACCCAGGAGAUCCAUCUACUUGUCAGCCUGGCCUGGGCCUUUUUUGUUUUUUCCUUCCCAGGCUGCUCCCAGAAGCCCGGAGAAGAGGCUGUGUGCCCAGGGCUGAGGCUCUGUCCCCACCCCUCUGCCAGGAUGUGUGCCUCGACCUCAGUAUGCCCUUCGGUGCAUCGUCAGGCCUUUUAAAUGGGGCUCAGAGAAGGUGUGGCACUGCCUGAGAGUCACAGAGCACCAGCACUGAGCAGUGGAGAGGGGGCUACGUGGGAUGAAUACACCGCAUUGAAGGGGCAAAAUGCCCUCCUGGGUUGGUUCCACUGCAUCCCGGGGUGGGGACAUGGAAAAGCACAGAGGACAGGAAGGGGCUGGGUGGGUGAAGGGGUGAGGGGGACUGGUGGUCCCCCAUCCAGGAGAGAUGCAGAAAGCACUGAUUGCUGCCCUGGCCUCUGGUGUCUGACCCCCUCAGGCUCUGUGCUCCUGCAGUGGUGGUGCAGAGGUGAGUGGGACCCAAGACCUGCUCUCCAGGAGCUCCCAGUGCCCUGGGGGAGGGGGUGCUGAUUCCUUUCAGUCUGGUCCACACCCCCUUUGCAGCAGCCUCUCCCUAAUCCUGGCUUUUUCCAGACUCAGCUCAAACAGUGACUCCUCCUUAAGCGCUUCCUCGCCCUCAGCCUAAGGUGCGCUUUCUUUCCUCUGAAACAUUAGAGCAAUUACUGCCUGUUCAUUUCUCUUUGCAGUCAUGUACAGUGGCGUGAACUCCCUUGUUUUAAACUGUGAUUUAAAAUUAAAUCAUCUAAUUUCCCUA